ACUCCCCUUCCACUUUCUUCUCCUCUCUUCUCAUCUCUUCAUUCAUUCACACCUUUCUAGAUAUUUUUCUUUUGUUCUCCAUAAUAAUAACAACAAUAAUAAUAUAAUCAUAUAUUCAUAUAUGGUCCCUCAUAUCUCUUCUUCUUUACCAACCCUUUCUUAGCUUCCACAUGCUCUUCAGCUGCUUCCUUCUUCUUCAUCAAACAGAGUUUGAAACCCUUUAGUUUUCUUCUUUUUUUUGAAGGGAAUUUUGAACGGAUUUUAAAUGUCCAACAUCUUGUUGUUGAUGUUUGAUAUUCAUGUAUCCGAUUCUCAGUGAGAUCUUCCUUUCCGGGUGUAUGAUCAAUUCCACUGUUAGGCGCAGGACCCAUCUUGUUCAAUCUUUCUCCGUUGCUUUCCUCUACUGGCUCUACUACGUUUCAUGAUUCUUAAUUAACCUUCUUCACCUAUUUUAAUUUCCCACUACAUAUUAUAAUAAAAUAACAAAAUCUCUUCAAUAAAAGUUUAUAAAUUUUCCGUUUUUGUUUCUGGGUCCUGCGUGUUCUGCCUGUUCUGUGUCCGUGUCAGUGUCCGUGUUUUAGAGUCUUUGUUGAUAACAUAACCAAUAUAUAUUACUUCUAUGGCGUCUUCAAGUGGAACGUCUUCAGGUUCAUCAACUCUUGUGCUUCAGAACUCGGGUUCUGAGGAGGAGUUGCAGGCUUUGAUGGAUCAAAGGAAGAGGAAGAGGAUGAUAUCAAACCGCGAAUCGGCGAGGAGGUCGAGGAUGAGGAAGCAGAAGCACCUUGACGAUCUUGUUUCUCAGGUGGCAACGUUAAGGAAGGAGAAUCAACAGAUCCUCACAAGCGUCAACAUCACCACGCAGCAAUAUCUGAAUGUUGAAUCCGAGAAUUCUGUUCUUAGGGCUCAGGUUGAGGAACUUAGUCACAGGUUGGACUCACUCAAUGAGAUCAUUGACUUCUUGAAUGCCAAUAACACUAGCAAUGGUGUUUAUGGUUCUUCUUCAGGAGGGUCAUUCAUGGAGCCAGUUAAUAGCUUCUUCAACAACUCUUUGAACAUGGCCUUUCUCAACCAACCCAUUAUGGCCUCAGCAUCCGACAUGUUACAAUACUGAGGCUGGUUUGGUAAUUGUCUCAAGACAGAAAAUACAGAGAUACUGAAACAUACAAAAAUAGAGACUUAACUUUUUCGUCUUGUCUCUAGUCUUGAGAUCUGGAUUUUGGGAGUCUAUAGAUGAAUUCAGGGGUAUUAUUGGUUUUUCAAUUUAAGGUUCUUGAGUCUGUUGUUGAGAAAUUGUAAUCACUCUAUCAAUGGUGAUAGUGAUGAUAAGUUUAUUUCUCUAAGGAAUAAUCAAUGAAAUGUGUAUCAUAAAAAAAAGGUGAGGGUUGUUAGGUGCUGUUCCUGGUUCUGUAAAAAAAAGUUGAGGCACUAUUAUUAUUAUUAUUGUUGUUGUUGUUUU